AUGCAAAAGGAUAUGGUAGGCCUCAAAACGGAGGCAGAGAAACUGAAGACACUUCUACAUACUUUAACGUAUGGCACGAUGUCGGAGACGACGGAAAGCAGAGAAAAUGCCAAAGCAAAGAAAACGGAGAAGGUUUCCAUGCUCCAAACGAAAAAUCCUUCAGACCUCGUCGAAGAGUCGAAAGUCAAUGAAAACGAAGAGGACCCGGGAGUCGAACCCUGUACGUCGGGCCAACAGGCGGACAGCGUCGCCACUAGACUAGAAGACCACGAUGAGGGGUCUAAACAUUUUCCUUACUCAAGUAAUAUUAAUGGUCAAGUAGUCAUUGACGAGGAGCACCAUAAUCAAGAUCCUACAGAAACAUCUGUAACUGUCUGCGAGCCUGACAUUCUGCGCCAAAUUCCAGCCCAUAAGGAAGCUUCGAAAUUAAUAACCCCCCUAACGAUAGGCACACUUUCCGGACCAAAAUUACAGGAUGUGCUCAGUACAGCACCCGCUCAAAAAAUGAACUACCUGGCCUCGCAAAUCAUCAUGGCCAUAGCACUGAGGCCCGUCCCGGAAUGA